AGGGUGUAGGUUAAUUCUGUAUAGGAUAAGAAUGGCAAGAUUUCAAUCCAUCUUCCUUGUACAAUACGAGGAGAUGAGAUGAGAAUAACGGCCUCCAUCCAACACAAAGAAGAUCACACAACAUUAAAUUCCUCAAACAAAACUAACACCGAUUCCGUUGAAUAUUCUGGGCACCAAAUCAACGUAACCUCCAUUCAUCAUUAUCUAUCUUUUCUUCCUCGUAUGCAUGGCACCCUCCCAUUGCUGGCGGUGAUUAUUCGGCCGGAUCGGAGUCAUAAAAAGCAACAAUUAAUAUAAUGGAGGAAGCAGCAACGGGGGAGCCAAGCAGGCUGAGCACCGAUAGCAUAUCUUCCGUUGCUUCAAAGCGUCCGCCGUCUCCACCGCCGUCAUCCCUCGUCGAGCCCUCCGUCAGCAAGAAGAAAGGAAACAAGCCGGAGAAGGUGUUCCGGGUGGUGAGAUCCGUUUUCCGGUCGUUUCCCAUCAUUACCCAUCCCGCGGUUUGCAGGUUCCCGACGCUCCCUAAUGGCAGCCGGUUCCAGGAGGGGAGCCGAUCCGGCGCGCGCGUCACCGGGACUCUGUUCGGGUACCGGAAGGGGCGCGUGAGCCUGUCGGUGCAGGAGAAUCCCGGCACGCUGCCGAAUCUGGUGGUGGAACUGGCGAUGCAGACGCAGGCGCUGCAGAAGGAGAUGAGCCAAGGGAUGGUGCGGAUCGCGCUGGAGUGCGAGAAACGGACGGAAAAGGACAAGAUGAAGCUCCUGGACGAGCCGGUUUGGUCCAUGUUCUGCAACGGGAAGAAGAUCGGGUACAGCAAGAAACGCGACGCCACCGACGAGGACCUCAGCGUCAUGGAGGCGCUCAAGGUGGUGUCAAUGGGGGCCGGAGUUUUGCCGUCCACUAAACCCGACUCGGAGGGCCCCGACGCCGAGAUCGCGUACGUGCGGGCAUGUUUCGACCGGACGGUGGGAUCCAAGGACUCGGAAACGCUGUACAUGGUGAGCCCCGACGGCGACGCCGGACCAGAAUUGAGUAUUUUCUUUGUAAGGUUAUGAUCACACACUGCAUGGAGGACAAUAAUCUUAAUUUAAUCAAUUAGGCCAACCCUACUUAUUGUGAUGAUUAGCUAAUUUAAGCUAGUUUGAUGACUAGAUUAGAUGUGAUUUGUGAAAUCAACCAGAAGUAUCCUCGCCUUAACAUAUAAGAAUAUACAGUAAUGUAGAAAGAAGACAAGAUAUACUCAU